UCUUUUUGCAUGUUUAGGUUGUCCCAAAAUAGAGUCACACCCCAUUAGAAGAUUGUCCUCUCUCUUUUUUCUCAAACGAUUUCCCCUCUUUUCUCCUGUCUUUUCCUCUGAAUGACAAUGGGAAAGCACAAGGAGAAACCUGGUUGGAAUUCUGUUCCUGAAUUCGGAGGGUGGGAUCGCAAGACUCCAGGGGCUACUGACUACUCGGUGGUGUUUUCUCGAGCUCGUGCUAACAAGAAGCAGCAAAAGAAUGACGUCAAUCGUCAUAGUCUGGGAAAUGAACAGGAGCUUAUGGUUAAAAAGCAGCCACAUCAACACUAUCAGCAGGAUGAUUCUGUUAUGAGGAAAAAGAAGGGUCUGAACUACUUUUGUUGCAUUUGGCCUUGAUUUACCUGACGAUAAAUCUGCAAAUUCUGAGGAUAAAAACGAUAUAAAGUGCUGGUUAUUGCAUUAUGUUCUGCGCCUAUACGUGUAACAACAUGUGGAAGAGUAGACACGAAGAGAGGCUUAGUAAUGCUCAGUGAGCCAUACGUAUCCUGUUCUUAUAGGAUUCUGAAACUUACACUUCUUGAAUAUAUAUGGGAAAUCUAAGGAAUAUGACUAUUUUGUUCUUAUCAAA